CGGCCCACGCUCCACACCGCCAAGAUGGUGGAGCAGAUUGAUAGCAAGGUUGCUUUUCAGGAAGCCUUGAACGGUGCAGGAGAUAAGCUCAUAGUAGUUGACUUCUCAGCCACGUGGUGUAGACCUUGCAAAAUGAUCAAGCCUUUCUAUCAUAGCCUCUCUGAAAAGUAUUCCAAUGUGGUGUUCCUGGAAGUAGAUGUGGAUGAUUGCCAGGAUGUUGCUUCAGAGUGUGAAGUCAAAUGCAUGCCAACCUUCCAGUUAUUCAAAAAGGGACAAAAGGUGGGCAAGUUUUCUGGAGCGAAUAAGGAAAAACUUGAAGCCACCAUUAAUGAAUUCAUCUAACCAUGUUUUCUGAUAACAUAACUCCGCAG